CGGGCCGCGGCACAGCAGCCCCGGCGGCCGUGCCACGCACGCGCCCCGCACCGCCCUUGCCCCUCGCAGGCCGUGGCACUGUCGCCACCUCCGCCGCAGGAAGGAGCCGGCCGCCCUGCCGCGCCAGCACCAUGCCCCGCAUAGAUGCGGACCUCAAGCUCGACUUCAAGGAUGUCCUGCUCCGACCUAAGCGGAGCAGCCUCAAGAGCCGAUCCGAGGUGGAUCUCGAGCGUACCUUUACAUUUCGAAACUCAAAGCAGACGUACAAAGGGAUUCCCAUCAUUGUGGCCAACAUGGACACCGUGGGGACAUUUGAGAUGGCAGUCGUGAUGUCACAGCACUCCAUGUUUACAGCGGUUCAUAAGCAUUACACCCUGGAAGAGUGGAAGGUUUUUGCCUCAAAGCACCCGGAAUGUCUUCAGCACAUGGCUGUGAGUUCGGGCAGUGGACAGAAUGAUCUGGAAAAGAUGAGCAGCAUCCUGGAAGCCGUGCCGCAGGUGAAGUUCAUCUGCCUGGAUGUGGCCAACGGCUAUUCCGAACACUUUGUGGAGUUCGUGAAACUGGUCCGGGCCAGGUUUCCCGAGCACACCAUCAUGGCAGGGAACGUGGUGACAGGAGAGAUGGUGGAGGAGCUCAUUCUCUCGGGAGCAGAUAUCAUUAAAGUGGGAGUUGGGCCAGGUUCCGUGUGCACCACCCGCACCAAGACCGGGGUGGGCUACCCACAGCUGAGUGCAGUGAUCGAGUGUGCGGACUCCGCCCACGGCCUCAAGGGGCACAUCAUCUCUGACGGAGGCUGCACCUGUCCAGGAGACGUCGCCAAAGCCUUUGGAGCUGGAGCAGAUUUUGUCAUGCUGGGAGGGAUGUUCUCUGGCCACACCGAGUGUGCAGGGGAAGUGAUAGAGAGGAACGGGCAGAAACUCAAGCUCUUCUACGGGAUGAGUUCCGAGACGGCCAUGAAGAAGCACGCUGGGGGUGUCGCCGAAUACAGAGCCUCUGAAGGCAAGACGGUGGAAGUGCCUUACAAAGGGGGUGUGGAAAACACUAUUCUGGAUAUUCUUGGGGGACUGAGGUCGACCUGCACCUACGUGGGGGCCGCCAAACUCAAAGAGCUCAGCAGGAGAGCGACGUUCAUCCGGGUGACCCAACAGCACAACACCGUGUUCGGUUAAUGCAGAGAUGGAGUGACAUCCCACUGGAAAGGAAGCCCCCGUGCCACCUGCUUCUCCCACCUCUCCCGGCUUCUGGCUGCUCCGAAUGGUGGUGUGCUGCGUCCUUCCUCCCCCUCCUGCCUGGAGGCUUUGGGGCUCUCCCUCAUGCCUUGGGGCCCAGAAGCAGGGCACCGCUGGGCCAGCAGUCAGAUCCCAGCUGCCCAGGGCGCACAGCCUUAUUGUUCAAUCCAAUAACUUGCACCUUUUUUGGAAAAAAAAAAUCAUUUUAAUACAAUGCUGUUGAGACUUGA